AAAAACUUGGCACGGAACAAUAUAAAAAAAUACUUACGACAGAAACAACGAGAGAAAUAAUUCUCACAAAAAAUGAAGACAUCCCUGAUCGUAUUGCCGCUCCUGGUUUUGGCCUUAAAUACGGAGAUUGCCGUAGGAAGGUCCUAUGGAAGUCGUCGCAGUAGCUCAAGUUCGAGUUCAAGUUUCAGAUCCAGUUGGAGUCCCAGCUUCAGUUCCAGAUCCAGUUCGAGUUCCAGUUUUGGUUCCAGUUUGGGAUCUAGGCUUAGUUCCAGUUCUGGCAGCGGGAUCGCCUCAAGAUCCAACAAUCUGCCUUCUUAUUCCUCCCUCUUUAGUUCGUUUUCGUCCUUCUCGAGGACAAAUCCUCCUUCCUCGUACUUAAAUAUCGGAGGCUCACUCGAUUCACCCAAAGCCGACUCCGCCCCGUAUCCCCGGGAUGAAGCUCAGACCAACAUACGCAAGAAUCCGCUCACCUACAAAUCGGAAUCGGCCACCAUGGAAAAUCUGACGGGCAAACUCGGCUCCAAUUAUUUCCGAAGCUUUCACAUUCCCAGCAGUAACCCAUUCUCUAUGGGGAGGGACAGUGACAAUGAUUUCAACAAAAACUUUGAAGAGUGGCUCAAUUUAGUUGCGGAUUCACACAAGGAAUCCACCAGGUCAUCGCUCAAUUCUAUUCCUCUUUUUAAGGAUACCUAGGGGUAAUCUCCACUGUACUCUGUUUAAGCUCGUUGUUUUUGUAAACAAUAUUUGAACCCAAAAUAUAUUUACAUCAAUUUA